GGUUGCUGGCCAAUCAGAUGCACAGUCGGAAGACAGGCACGCGCUCCCCAUUAGCCCAGAGAGAUCGGCGGCAGCGGGUUGAGAAGGAUGCAGAGUUCGGUGCGGAGGCGACAUCAGGCGGCCCAGGGGUUCGCAGGCAGAUUUAGCUCUGCUCAGCCAGAUGGUGGCUGCAGGACCUCGCCCUUCCACUUGGACCUCUGGUUCUAUUUCACUCUGCAGAAUUGGCUUCUGGAUUUUGGACGGCCCAUUGUAAUGAUCAUCCUACCGCUCGACUGGUUUCCACUUAAUAAACCCAGCGCAGGAGACUAUUUCCACAUGGCUUAUAAUAUAAUAACGCCACUUCUGCUCCUGAAGCUUAUAGAAAGGUCUCCGAAAACUCUUCCAAACUCUGUGAUCUAUGUAAGCAUCAUAACAUUUGUUAUGGGAGCAAGUAUCCACCUAGUGGGAGACUCCGUCAAUCACAGGCUAAUAUUCAGUGGAUAUCAACUUCAUCUCUCUGUGCGGGAUAAUCCAAUCAUGCAGAACCUAACACCGCCAACCUUGGUCGACUCCUUUGAGUUACUGUAUUACUACGAUGAAUAUCUGGGACACUCCAUGUGGUACAUUCCGUUCUUCCUCAUCUUGUUCAUCUAUUUCACUGGCUGUUUCUCCAAAAUAAGAGCAGAGAGCAGGAUGCCACUGUCGGCCUGGACUUUGCUUGCUCCAAGCAGUCUCUAUUACUGGUACCUUGUGACUGAAGGGCAGAUCUUCAUUAUCUUCAUUUUUACAUUCUUUGCAAUGUUGGCAAUUAUCAUGCAUCAAAAGCGCAAGGGCCUACACCUGGACAGCAAUGGCCUCUUCCUUCUCUACUCCUUCUCUGCUACUCUCAUUUUUAUUGCCGCCUGGAUAGUCUGGCUCUGGAAUGACCAGAUUCUGCGCAAGAAAUACCCUGGGGUGAUCUAUAUUCCAGAGCCCUGGGCCUUCUACACCCUGCAUAUCAAUAGCUUGCACUAAAGUCUGUACCCCUUUGUAGAAGGGACUGGAAGACAGAGCUGACCGGGAGCUUCCACUUCUGCUUUUGGGGGACAGUUGAACAGCAACAGAUGGACACUCCAUAUUUUAUUUACUCAUUUCUCCUCAAUGCCUCCGCAACAGAGUGGCAUUUAUUUUAUGUAUAUUUGACAUCUUUAUUAUAUAUAUAUAUAUAUAUAUAUAUAUAUAUAUAUAUACACACAGUCCCAAGGUGCACACACCGUUUACUUAGGAGAAUACCUGGGUGCCCACCAGUGUGGAAUAGAUGCAAAAGUAAAAAGUAGCGGCACUCACAGGUUUUUUUAGAAGUUCAAAAUAAAGAUGGUUUUUAUUUAGACUCAACGUUUCAAUCCCCCAGAGGGAUCUUCGUCAGGAGUAUACAAACAAACAUUCAGACAACCCAUAAACCCACAGAAUUUAAACCCACGUCAGUGAAAAUGGUGCCAAGAGUUGUUGGGGGAGGACAUAAAGUGUGGGAUAGUAAAGAAAGUGUACAGUAGCAGAAUAAGUGAAUCGUGACAGGUAAUCAUUUAGUCAGCAAGUACUAUCGCUGUGCCAAUAAAACACCACUCUUGUACAACAGAGUGGUGUUUUAUUGGCACGGCGAUAGUACACUUUCUUUACUUUCCCACACUUUAUGUCCUCCCCCAUUACUUUCCAGGAAAUUAUGGCUAGAGUGCUAGCCAAAACGUUAGUUGUUCUUUUUUGAUUCAAUAAACACCAUUAUUUCUUCGUAA